CGGGCGGGGCGUCGCGUCGCCAUGGCGGCCAGGGCCCGAGCUGGCCCACCGGCCGCGUAGGUGCGAGCCUGGAUCCGCUGGUGAGACAGGAGGAUGAUCUCGCGGUACACGCGGAAGCCGGUGCCCCCCGACGCCCUGGGGAUCCAAGGAAGUACAAAAAAUUCCUUAGAACAACAUCCCCUGCCAGACUCACUGGAUGAUAGUUAUACUUCCACGGAAAGUCAAGAAGAUAUUUCAAGUGAGUCUGAAAGUACAAGAGAUUCAAACUACCAAUUUGUCACUUCGGUGGACAAUGGGAACUCAUGGUCAGCUAGUCAGAGCUUCACAGGCAACUCCACAGAAGACAGCUCCGUCUUUUCUUGGGGCUAUGAUGAAUUUGAUAAAGCUGCUACAUGGCAAGUUCAACAGAUAUUCAGACACAUUGAUGAGCUUUUGUAUGAACAGAAAACAAGUGUGUAUGUUGAAGGCCUAGAGGAAGAGUGCCAACAAUGGAUGUCAAACUUCCCCCAUCUCAGGAUUAUAGGGAAACAAGUGGUGACUCCCACAGAUGAAGGCUAUGGGUGGUAUUCUGCGUCAUCUUGCAACACCUUAGAUUUAUCAGACAUGAGCCCAAUGCAAGAGAGAGAUCCUAGUGAGUUUAAUAUUUUGGGCAAAAAAGUUCUCCCCUCUGUUACUCCUGCUUGUAUAAAAGAUAACAUUUCAAAACCUCCUGAAUUAUGUUUACUUGAGAGUGAAGAAGGAGAAGAUGGUUUGAUUGUCUCCGAAGGCAUAAUGGAAGAAUAUUUAGCAUUUGACCACAGAGACGUGGAAGAAGGGCUGCGUGAAUGGAAAACGGGGCUUUCACCAGGCAGAAGAAAAUUAGGCUUUCCUCCCGUCUCACCCUCAUACUGCAUGAGAGAUGCUGUUCGUUCCUACAUUUUUGAUGAUGUGUGGCGCGAAGUCCUGGGCUCUAUGGAGCAGCUGAUCUGUAGACACUGGGAAGGGGCAGUCUCAGUAGAAGAUGAGAAGAAUGUCUUAACAGUAGAAACAAGCCGGACAGAUUCAGGAAGCCCUUUUAUGCAGACAGAACCUUUGCCAUUGUUGUUACCUCGAAUGCCACAAGCCAAGAUGCCCUCCAUCCCUCCAAAUCUGGUCAGUCUGUCUCAAGGAACAAGCAGUGGACCACAGCGAAAUUUGAAUGGUCUGAUGGUGAUUCAUGGGAUCCCUAUACAGCAAAGGAACUUGCCUCUGAUGGACAAAAUAUUAGACUUGGAUGACAGAUUGCUUAUGAGACCAGGCUCCAGUUCUAUCCUGUCAACCAGAGCUCGGCCAAAUCGCCCACUUGAGCUCAGUACUUCUUCUCUGUCGUAUUCUGCCCAGUCUGCCAGAAGGCGCAAUCCACCUCCACGUACCCUGCAUCCCCUCAACACCAGCUAUUCUCGCUCAGGGACGCCAAGACCGAUGGAUGAAGUCAUCAGGGGAACACGACUAUCUACUGCAAACGAGCAACUGUCAUCACCUUCCCCAAUGCCACUGAGUAGAAAUAAUCUCUUGCCUCCUAUUACUGCUGUAGAUGCGAUGGAACAUUUAGGAUCCCAAAAGCAAAUGAAAUCCCGGGGUCAUGCUAGCCGGGCUCACAGUGCAAUAGCAGAUGAGAUGAAUCAUCAGCCAAUACAAGAAAGAUUUUUAUUACCUGACAGUUUCUCCAGGCCCAAUACGUCACAUGCAUUCUGGCCAGACUCACAGUAUCGUCGUUCAUGCACCAUAAUUGAUUAUGCUAAUCAACCCCGAAGUAAUAAAGGAUCUGCAGGCACAGAUUCUAUUAACAUAGGAGUGAUGGGAGUCAGUUUAGGGAUAUCUAGUUCUUCCUAUAUUAAUUGUUUCCACCAUCAGCCUCUUGGUCAUUUCGUUAAUGAGGAUGAGGAGGACAAAGAUCAUCCUCCAUUGGUAGGUCUGCAGUUACACGGUUCUGUGAGAACUCACAGUCGAGGCGGAUCAAGAAGCAAACAGGGGCUUUAGCAUGGUAUGAGAAAAAGCCACCCAUGUCCAAGAUAAGGGAAGCACCUGUAGACAUUUUUAAAAUCAGUAUUCAACUGUAGCAACAUCAAACCUGUUUACAGAAGAACUCUAAAUAUUUCUUAGAGCUUUAUUUUUGUAUGUACCUAAACUGCCAAAGACAAGUUUGUAUUGGAAUUUUGUUCCUCUAGAUACGUUGUACUAUUCUAUGGGACAUUGGUCUUGUAUUCUAGAAACCUGCUCACCUCAUGCAUCCUGUUGCUUACACAUUCCACUACAGUUGGUGCCUGGCUGAAGAACGGAUUCCUGUACUAGUAGUAAUACUGUUGUAACACCACCUGACUUGCCAGUUAAUAUUUAAUGGCACAUAUUUAGUUAUAUUCGAUUACUGCUUGGACCAAUUUCUAGUAGUUCCUCUAACAUUAUAAAAAGUUAAAGGUUGUCAGUACCAAAGAGUCACAUUUUUGGGAGAAACUGCAGAACCUCAUAAAUGAAAGGUCAGCAAGAUAAAAAGCUUAUACUGUAGUUAAAUGUGUUAAUGUAUUUAAAUGUAGUGUAUCAUUAAAAUCAGACCUCUUCAACCAUGGACUGAGCUAUGACUACAAGAAACUGAAGCAGUUGUAUAUGCUACAACUGUACUUUAGGUGCUUAUUUUCCCUUGUUUUGUGUAAAGCAAGACGUUUGGUAAAAACCUAUAAGCCACUAUUUCUGUGCUGCAGUCAAGUUCAGUUUUAGGAUUCUCACAUUGGGGGAGAGAGAACACUUUCUACGUAUUGUAGGAGACACACCUAGUGAAAUAUGUUAACUUAGAAUUAGUUAGAAAAAGCAUAGCUUACAUGGAAUAUUGCAUUUAAUGUUUUCUAUAAUUUGAACAUAACAAAGAUUAGUUCUAGGUCACUAGUCAAAGUGCCAGACCGCAAAUGUACAAAACUGUGUAAAUUAAAGAUAGCUUUGCAUUAUAUUCCAAGUACCAUGUGAAACUUGUAAAAGCCAGGAUGGGAACCCACACUUAUUAAAUUGUAAAAUGGAGUAAUUUUUAUAUGUAAAUAAAAAUAUUUUCUUAACUGCA